AUGGCUGCUCCCAGCGUCCCCGAAGUAAAAUCAGCUUUAACCUUAUCAAUUCGAGGAAAGCCAGAUUUAUAUCUUAUUUCCGAAGAAGACACCAUUUAUGAACAGGAUAUCCUACGCGAUCCAGGCAGUACGAAACCUUGGUUGGCAUACAUUGAGUUUAAAUUUCAACAUGGGACUCAACUUGAGCAAGCUUUCGUUUUGGAACGAGCUUGUUUACAAUUACCAAGAUCUUAUAAGUUGUGGAAAAUGUACCUUACAUUGCGAAUGAAGCACUUGGGAAAGCUAAAUCCUGCAGUAUUUGCCUCCGAAUAUGCCAAAGUCAACGCGCUAUACGAAAGAGCCCUCAUUCUUUUGAACAAAAUGCCAAAAAUCUGGGAAAUGUAUCUUCAAUUUUUGAUGCUCCAACCGCUCGUUACUCUCACGCGCCGGACCUUCGAUCGAGCGCUUCGAGCUUUACCUAUUACGCAACAUAAUAGAAUAUGGGCCCUCUACCGUCCUUUUGCAAAUUCAGCGUCAGGCUCCACAGCCGUCAAAAUAUGGCGACGCUACAUGCAAAUUCAUCCAGAGGAUGCCGAAGAUUUUACUGAAUUAUUAAUAGAGAUGAAACUCUACACAGAAGCAGUUAAGAAAUAUAUGGAUAUCCUUAAUAACCCAAAGUUCCGCAGCAAACACGGAAAGGGACAUUACCAAUUAUGGAGUGAGAUGGUAGAUCUUCUUGUUGAGCAUGCCAAGGAAGUCGAAACUGGAGAUGAAGUAGGAAUUGACGUUGAGAAAAUCAUUCGAAGCGGCAUCGAUAGAUUUGCUGAUCAAAGAGGAAAAUUAUGGUCUGGUUUAGCGACAUACUGGAUUACUCGGGGCAGUUUCGAACGAGCACGAGAUAUCUUCGAAGAAGGCAUUACGACAGUCAUGACGGUUCGAGAUUUUACGUUAAUAUUCGAUUCCUACGCCGAGUUCGAGGAAUCAAUUACUGGGGUUCUGAUGGAAGCUGCUGCAGUUCGAUCGGAAAAGGGCAUAGUGGAUGAAAAUGCCGAUUUUGAUUUGGAUAUUCGGAUGAUGAGAUUCGAACAACUCAUGGAUCGCCGACCAUUUUUACUGAAUGACGUUUUAUUACGGCAGAACCCCAGCAAUGUCCCCGAAUGGAUGAAGCGCAUUUCUCUGUGGGGGGACAAUAAAGUUGAAGUGGUUAAAGCAUACACUGAUGCCAUUGCUGCUAUUCAGCCGAAGAAAGCCGUCGGACAGUUCCACGAGUUAUGGUCAAAUUAUGCCAAGUUCUACGAGGAGGGUGGGGAUUUACGUAAUGCCCGUGUUAUUUUCGAGAAAGCCGUGAAAGUACCAUUUAAGUCUGUGGCAGAACUUGCGGAUACUUGGAUUGAGUGGGCGGAAAUGGAAUUGCGAAACGAGAAUUUCGAUGAAGCCGUCAAGAUUAUGGCAAAGGCAGUUCAAGCACCGAAACGAUCUAAUGUUGACUAUUUUGACGAAACCCUUUCACCCCAGCAAAGAGUUCACAAGAGCUGGAAGUUGUGGAGUUUUUACGUAGACUUGGUGGAAAGUGUUAGUACCUUGGAAGAGACCAAGAAGAUAUACGAACGAAUUUUCGAACUUCGAAUCGCGACGCCACAAACUGUUGUCAAUUACGCCAAUUUACUAGAAGAGAAUAAGUACUUCGAGGAGUCUUUCAAAAUCUACGAGAGAGGGCUUGAUUUGUUCAGCUAUCCGGUCGCGUUCGAACUUUGGAAUUUGUACUUGACCAAGGCAGUUGAUCGAAAAAUUGGUAUUGAACGACUUCGGGAUCUAUUCGAACAAGCAGUCGAAGGAUGUCCACCGAGAUUUGCCAAAGUAUUGUAUCUUAUGUAUGGAAACCUAGAGGAGGAGCGAGGUUUAGCAAGACAUGCGAUGAGAAUUUACGAGAGAGCAACCCGAGCUGUCUCUGAUGAAGAUCGUGCAGAUAUGUUUAACUUCUAUAUCACCAAGUCAGCGUCGAAUUUUGGUCUACCUUCAACGCGACCAAUUUACGAAAGAGCUAUCGCGGCUUUGCCAGACAAAGAUGCCAGAGAUAUGUGUUUAAAAUUUGCCGAUAUGGAGAAACGAUUGGGCGAAAUCGAUCGUGCAAGGGCUAUCUACGGGCAUGCAUCACAAUUCUGCGAUCCUAGAACAAGUCCAACGUUCUGGUCCAAAUGGGAAGCGUUUGAGGUUCAACAUGGAAAUGAGGACACAUUCAAAGAGAUGCUUCGUAUCAAAAGAAGUGUGCAAGCACAAUACAAUACUGAUGUUAAUUUCAUCGCCUCUCAAGCUCUUGCCCGGAUUCAGGCGAAGACUGAUGAGGAUGGAGAAGAGGCUGCCGAUGCAAUGGCAGCAUUAGAGCGUGAGGCAAGAGCUCCUGUCGGAUUCGUACCGGCAAGCACAGGUCCUCAAGGUGGGAAUAUCAAAGAACCAGAAAUAAUGGUUACUGAGAAUCCUGACGCUAUUGACAUAGAUGGAAUGGAUGAUGAAUGA